AUGCUGGCCCAACGAAUCUUGGCCCGCCGCCUGCCUCAGGUGGCCGCCCGGCAGAGCGUGCCUCGCGCCUCAUUCUCCCAGGUCCGGAGUCUUGCGGCUGCGGAGGUUGAAGACCCAUUGCAGAACGGCAACUACCAGAACCCGCCCCGUGUUAAGCGCGCCUUCAGAGACCCUUACGGCGAUUGGUGGGACAAGCAGGAGAGACGCAACUUUGGCGAGCCUGUUCACGAGGAGAACGAAAUUCUCGGUGUCUUCAGUCCCGAACAAUAUACCCACGUCACGGCUCGCAAGGGUCUCUUCCAGCUCGGAGCGUUCGUUGUUACCUUCCUGGGUGUGUGCGGUGUCGUCAGCCUGUUCUACCCCGACAAGCCCAGCAUCCCCAGGACCUUUCCCGACGGCUUGGAGAAGGAGCUCGGCGGACCGGGUGCUGCUCCGGCUCGUAAGCCCUCCGAGGCCAGCUGGUGAGCAGCUUUUUACAUGGUGUGUACAUAAAUACAAUACGAAUCUUAUUCUCGGCGUCCAUGGAUAGUGUUCUUCAGUCGAUGCUGGUGGGGAGGGCUAGUCCUAGCGAUGGGGCCUGCGGAAGUAUUAUCCGGGCUCAGGUGCUCACGGCAUUACCCAUGUUGAUGCACACUCACGGUGGGGAAGUAGAGUGUCGAGCGCGAGCUCAAUAUACGUGAGGAACUCGCACAAGUACGGUCCAAGGGUCCAAACGGGCGAUCAAGGGGAGGAAUACCGUGGAAGGUGAACAGGGAACGAGACUUGGGUCAGCUACAUGUGAGGAUACUCCGUACAGUACUCCGUAUAAUGGACUGCUUUUCAGGAAC